UUUCUUAUCUCUCAUGGCGCCUGUCUAGAUAAAAGUCCUGCGCUUCACACAGUAUUGUUAUUAUCGAAUCUGGAUAGUUGGCAACAUCACUUAAGAUGAAGCACCUGUUAAUACUGUUCUUGGCAGUACUCUCUGCUGGGAGUAAUACUGUUGAUGAUGACGGCUGUAUAUGUGACGUGAGUCCCAGUGGUCACAUAGCAAACUGUGAGUACCGUAAUUUAACAGCUGUGCCCGACUGUGUACCCCGUGCAGUCCAAAUGCUCCUUGUCUCAGGAAAUCCACUGCUUUUAAAUAAAGAGACUUUUCAUCGUUUUGAAAACCUGACAAAACUUAUCAUGCGAAAAGUAAAUGGAGUAAACACACAUCUGCCAGGAAACCUGUUUUCUGGAAACCCUUAUAUUGAGUGGAUUUCAAUGGGUUGGAAUAAUUUAAAAUCAUUGCCAAACAACCUUUUUGCUGGCUUGCUUUGGCUGAAGAACAUAGAUUUGUGGGCAAAUGAACUUACAGAAAUUCCACAGGCUGUAAGGACCACAACAUCUCUUGAAAUUCUUACCCUGGAUCGGAAUAAGAUUGAGACACUGGACGUUGAAACGCUGGCCCCACUUUCCUCACUUAAGAGGUUGAGCCUGCGCCGGAACCCUCUGCGCUGUGACUGCGAGCUGCAGCCCGUCUUCCAGUGGGCCGAGGAGCGCAACGUGACCCACGUACUGACCGCCCAGUGCGAGACGCCAAGCAGCCUGCAGGGGCGAACAUUGCUCUACGCUUUCUCCAGUAUGGACUGUGAACUCUCCAACGACCUGGCUCUUAAUUUAGUCUGAUGGGACCGCAUCAUCAUCACAUCUUAUGUGCCUCAAGACGGAGGCUGACCACACUGUGCAUUUUUUUAUUUCUUUAGAAGCUAGUGGCCAUUAAUCUUUAGCAAUAAAAUACAAUGUUCUGAUUGA